AAUACUAUCAUAUUGUAAAUCUAUUUGGUUCAAAAUCCUUGACUUUUUCCCUUUUUUCUAACCACCAAGAAAAAAAAUUCAGUAUUAUCAUGCUAAAUUGUUAAUAGUAACAAAAUUUUAGAUUUAAUUAGUAAUAGGGUUUGAAAUUUGGUUUUUUUGUCUUUUUUUUUGGUCAUUUUGAUAUAUUUAAAAGUACUGAAUUUCUACAUCAACUUUGAUUUUCUUUUUGGCAAUUGAGUGUCAUUUUCCACUUCUAGAAAUACAUGCUCUUUUCCCAUUCCUAGUCAAGCAAGUCUUAGAGUCAGCUAUUUUAGUCACACACGACUUUUCAACAUUUACUUGAAGGAAGGGGUCUCGUAUUUCUCUAGAUUGUGAAUAAAUGCUUCUCAAUUUGUUGUUGAUUGAGGAUAAAAUUGUAAACCUUUCAAACUUUAACCAUUAUUUGAAAAAACCCCUUAAAGAAACAAGAGAAUCAUUUUGGAAUUAGUUGAAAUCAGGCAAAAAUGAACUAUUACCAACUUUAAACCUUCCUAUGCUAACAAGUUAAAUAAAUACCCAAAGAAAAUUCAUAGUUUUUCAUCUUCCUCAAGUUCAUAACAAUGGCGGAAAAUAAAGGUCUUCACGUCGUUGUAUUUCCAUGGUCAGCCUUUGGCCAUUUAAUUCCCCAUUUUCAACUCUCCAUAGCUUUAGCCAAAGCCGGUGUCCAUGUCUCCUUCAUCUCCACCCCCAAAAAUUUGCAAAGACUUCCCCCAAUUCCACCUUCCCUCUCCUCCUUCAUAACUCUGGUCCCGAUUCCACUCCCAAAACUGCCCGGCGACCCUCUGCCGGAAGGUGCAGAGGCCACCGUUGACAUUCCGUUCGACAAAAUCCCCUUCCUUAAAGUAGCUCUAGAUCUCACCGAGCCACCGUUUCGAAAGUUCAUCGCCGAUCAUGCACAUCCACCGGAUUGGUUUAUCGUCGAUUUCAACGUUAGUUGGAUCGGUGACAUUUCUCGAGAAUUUCGAAUUCCGAUCGUUUUCUUUCGCGUUCUCUCCCCCGGAUUUCUCGCUUUUUACGCCCAUCUUCUUGGGAAUAGGUUGCCUAUGACGGAGAUCGGAAGCCUGAUCUCGCCACCGCCGAUCGAAGGCUCUACAGUGGCGUACCGGCGUCAUGAAGCAGUCGGAAUUCACGCUGGGUUUUUUGAGAAGAACGAUUCCGGGUUGAGUGAUUACGAGAGGGUUACGAAGAUUAAUACCGCCUGUCGAGUAAUUGCAGUUCGUACUUGUUAUGAAUUUGAUGUUGAUUAUUUGAAGUUGUACUCGAAUUAUUGUGGAAAGAAAGUGAUUCCUCUAGGAUUUCUUCCUCCAGAAAAGCCUCCAAAAACAGAGUUCGAGGCCAAUUCGCCAUGGAAAUCGACCUUCGAGUGGCUCGAUCAACAAAACCCAAAAUCGGUGGUGUUCGUCGGAUUCGGAAGCGAAUGCAAGCUGACAAAGGAUCAAAUUCACGAGAUAGCACGUGGAGUGGAGCUCUCGGAGUUGCCAUUUAUGUGGGCUCUGAGACAGCCGGACUGGGCGGAGGAUUCCGACGUGCUUCCAGCGGGGUUCCGCGAUCGAACGGCGGAGAGAGGGAUAGUGAGUAUGGGGUGGGCGCCGCAGAUGCAGAUUUUGGGGCAUCCGGCGAUCGGAGGGAGUUUUUUUCACGGAGGAUGGGGAUCGGCCAUUGAAGCUCUGGAAUUUGGAAAUUGUCUUAUUCUGUUGCCGUUCAUCGUUGAUCAGCCGCUGAAUGCGAGGCUUUUAGUGGAGAAGGGAGUUGCAAUUGAAGUUGAAAGAAACGAAGAUGAUGGGUGUUCCAGUGGAGAAGCCAUAGCCAAAGCUUUGAGAGAAGCCAUGGUUUCAGAAGAAGGGGAGAAGAUUAGGAAGCGAGCGAAAGAAGUUGCCGCCAUUUUUGGGGACACUAAGCUUCAUCAACGAUAUAUUGAAGAAUUUGUAGAAUUCCUCAAACAUAGGGAGGAUCCGAUUCCAAAUCAGUAGCUUUUAAACGUUGCUUUUUAAAAAGUCAGUUAAUGCUAUGUUGAUAGGUCAUUUAAUCAACGUUCAAAGAGAGAAGCAGCGACAUACUAAGGUAUAGCAUGUGGUGGACAAAGGAGAUAGACUGCUUUGGCUGGGUUGCUCCAUGAAGAUUAUAAAAAUUUAGCUCCCUAACACUCAUAGAGAAUAAACAUAGUAAAGAGAGAAAUUGAUUUUAUAUGUGACUGGUUCUUGUUUAUUUGUUACACAUUUUUUUCAUCCACGAGAAGUCCCAAUGGAAACCAAUACCUUCCUCUUUAUAUUGAGCAAAGUACAUAAUAUUAUUGGUA